UCACUCACCGGCUCACUGGAGCCGAGGACGCGCUUCACCGCCGGCGGGGGAACAUGGCCUCCGGGGAGCAGCUGUGAGCCCGGGCUGGUGUCGGCUCUUGUCUCGGUCCCUGGUCCCCCUGCUCUCCCUGCUCUCCCCCAGCGGACUAUGAGGAGGAAGCCCCGUGCACGCCCCAGGCUGCGCUGCGCGGGCGCGCCGCGCUGCAGGAGUUGCUGAUGCUCCGUCUCUGCUCACCUGCUGAACCUCCUGUCAUCCUGCAGGACCUCAUGACGCAUCCACAACAUCCACCGGGACUCUUUCUUUGAUUCCUGUUGCAUCUUACCUGUAUUUUCAUAGCAUCACCUGGAGACUUAAGCUGGAGUUGAGCGAUGACCCGACGGCUGUAACGCAGCGACACAUCAGUAAAGCUGCUGCUGCCAUGGCCAAUAACAACGAGCUACAAACUGAUGCAGACGGGCUGUCGGUGCUCCAGCAGCUGGGUCUGGACCAGAACUCUGACUUCUCCGACUCCAGCGUGCAGCAGCGUCUGGACGAGCACCGCGAGAGGAUCCGCAGGGAGAUCCGCAAGGAGCUGAAGAUCAAGGAGGGCGCGGAGAAUCUGCGCAGGGCCACGACCGACAAGAGGAAUGCCCAGCAGGUGGACUCGCAGCUGCGCAGCUCCAAGCGCAAGCUGGAGUCCCUGCAGGCUCAGCUGCAGGAGCUGGACGCUCACAUCGUGGUCAAGGGCCCCGAUGAAAACGAAGAUUCCUCCAAGUCUCCCGGCUCCGUCGGCCGGACGUCGGCCACGCAGCAGCGCAUCGCCGCGCUGGAGCGGCAGCUGAACAUCGAGGUGAAGGUGAAGCAGGGGGCGGAGAACAUGAUCCCCAUAUACACCAGCGGGGGCACCAAGGACAAGAAGCUUCUCCAGACCGCCCAGCAGAUGCUGCAGGACAGCAAGACCAAGAUCGACAUCAUCCGCAUGCAGAUCCGGAAGGCCAUGCAGGCCACGGAGCAGUCCGAGGACAACCAAAGCAAGCCGGACCAGUGUGGGGUGGAGCUGCGCGUGGAGGAGCUCUGGCAUCACUACCGCGUGGAGCACGCCAUGGCCGAGGGAGCCAAGAACAUGCUGCGGCUGCUGGGGGCCGGGAAGGUGCAGGACAAGAAGGCCAUCGCUGAGGCCCAGUGCGGCCUGAGCGAGUCCAGCCAGCGCCUGGACCUGCUGCGCCUGGCUCUGGAGCAGCGGCUGCAGGAGCUGCCGGAGGACCACCCCAAGGCCUGCCUCAUCAAGGAGGAGCUGGUGCUGGCCUCCUCCUCGGCCUUCAGCUCCCGCCACAGCACCCCCUACGUGCACAACCAGUACAGCACGCUGAGCAAGCCGUCGCCGCUCACCGGUACUCUGCAGGUGCAUCUGAUGGGCUGCGUGGGGCUGCUGGAGGUCGUCCCCGGGCGAAACAAGGGCACCCCGCUGGUUCUGCCGUCCUACUCCACAGCAGACGGACGCUCCUCCUUCAAACUGAGCGGCCUCUACAGCCGCAGCACCAGCAGCAUGAGCCUCAAGAUCCCCGGCAAGAACGACGAGCCCUCCUUGGAGGUGAGCGCGGUGCUGAAGCUGGAGAACACGGUGGUGGGGCAGACGGCCUGGAGGAUGGUGGGGGAGCAGGCCUGGGACCAGACCUUCACCGUGGAGCUGGAGAGAUCCCGGGAGAUGGAGAUCGCCGUGCACUGGAGGGAUUACCGCUCGCUCUGCGCUCUCAAGUACCUGAAGCUGGAGGAGUUCCUGGACAACCAGAGACACCAGGUCCAGCUGGAGCUGGAGCCGCAGGGGCUGCUGCUGGCUGAGGUGACCUUCUUCAACCCGGUUAUAGAGCGAGGCCGGCGGCUGCAGCGGCAGAAGAAAGUCUUUUCCAAACAGCACGAUAAAGCAUUCCUGCGCGCUCGUCAGAUGAACGUGGACAUCGCCACCUGGGUCCGCCUGCUGAGGAACGCCAUCCCCACCGGGAGCAACACGUCUGCGUUCUCUCCCAGUUUCACAAGCAACACGCUCACACAGAGCACAGGAGAAAUCUCGGUGGAGAAGCUGAGUAUAGAUUGCGACUCUCUCCCCAAAGCAGAAGUCAGGAGAGACGUGGUGGACGCGCCCACGCCCUCGGAGCAGACGGCGGUCAUCGAACCCCCGGCCACGCCGGACGCCCCUGCUCACGAGCAGCCGCCCCGAUCCGUGUCCCAGAACUCUUUAAGGAGAGCCAGCAGAGAUCCUCUCAGCCUGCAGGACUUCAGGCUCCUGGCGGUUCUGGGCCGGGGCCACUUUGGGAAGGUGCUGCUGUCAAAGUACAAAGGGACGGGCAGCCUGUACGCCAUCAAAGCCCUGAAGAAAGGCGAUAUUGUGUCCAGGGACGAGGUAGAGAGUCUGAUGUGUGAGAAGCGGAUCUUUGAGACCGUCAACGGCUCCCACCACCCCUUCCUGGUCAACCUGUUUGCGUGCUUCCAGACGCCGGAACACGUGUGUUUCGUCAUGGAGUACACGGCGGGAGGAGACCUCAUGAUGCACAUACAUGCCGACGUCUUCUCUGAGCCUCGUGCCAUGUUCUACUCUGCCUGUGUGGUGCUGGGCCUGCAGUUCCUUCACGAUCACAAGAUCGUGUAUCGGGACCUGAAAUUGGACAACCUGCUCCUGGACACGGAGGGGUUUGUGAAGAUAGCAGACUUUGGUCUCUGUAAAGAAGGCAUGGACUAUGGGGACAGAACCAGCACGUUCUGUGGUACUCCGGAGUUCCUGGCCCCGGAGGUGCUGACGGACACGUCCUACACCAGAGCGGUGGACUGGUGGGGCCUCGGGGUGCUCAUUUAUGAGAUGCUGGUUGGAGAGUCUCCGUUCCCAGGUGACGAUGAGGAGGAGGUUUUCGACAGCAUCGUGAACGACGAGGUGCGCUACCCGCGCUACCUCUCCACCGAGGCCAUCGCCAUCAUGAGACGGUUGUUAAGAAGAAAUCCUGAGAGGCGUCUCGGUUCUGGAGAAAAGGAUGCAGAAGAUGUCAAGAAACAACCAUUUUUCAAGGGUAUGGACUGGGAGGCGCUUCUGCAGAGGAAAGUCCUGCCCCCCUUCAUCCCGACCAUCGUAGGAAAAGAAGACGUCAGCAACUUCGACACGGAGUUCACGGCCGAGCCGCCCGCCCUCACGCCUCCGCGCGAGCGCCGCACCCUCUCCCGUAAGGAGCAGGACUACUUCCAGGAUUUUGACUAUGUCUCUGACCUGUGCUAGGGUCCGGCGUCGGGAUUCAAAGGGUCCCGAGCCGCCCACAGACAGCCCAAGACUCUGAGAGGAGACUGGGAACGCUGACUACCGGGCCGUAAAGACACACAGGAAGUUAACGGGGAUGAAAGACGAGGACCGGUGACGCUCUGAUCUCCGUAUCUCUGCGUGUCACUGAUGGGACGAAGCACUGGCUGGCCUGAACCUGCAGUGCCACAUAUCUACCGAGAGACACACUUUCUGAUGUGGCUUUUAGAGAAAAGACCACCCAGAUUAUGAUGGUGGAUCCUGCUGUUUUGUUUGAAAUCCUCACAAUCACAGAUGCAAAAAGUGAGAGUUGAUUCUCCUGACAGGAAGCAGUUUUUCUUAUUCCUCGCCUCAUUUUUCUCCGUGCUGUCGUCGUUGUAUCCCUGCUGCUUGUCGCUGCUAUGUGUGCUUUUAUUUGUGACCCAUCUGCCCUGUGUCAGUCAUGAAUAUAGCCCAAUCUGUUGCAAUGGUGCAUUACGUGUGAGCGGCCGCCGGGGGGCGCCAGAGAGAGAGCAGCCCUGCCUGUGUGUGACCUGUCGCCUGCUGAUUAGGCCAAACAACAGGCAGAGCAAACACUGGAUUCACCCGCUCAUCACAGGACACCGUCAUCUUUUCUCUCUGCUGUCUUUCGAUACAUCACAUAUUUUUAAACGACCAAUCAUUUUUCGGCGGCAAGAGCUUUUACAAAUUUUGUGAUAUGGAUUUUAUUUUUUCCCCAUUUGUGUUUCCUUUUCUGUUAUUGGUUGGUGAUAUGUGACUGUGACUCAGUAAAGAUGUGAAACCAACUGAAGCAUCAAUCAUUUAUUACAAUAUAGUCU